CACACACACACACACACACACACACACACACACACACACACACACACACACAGAUAACUGAAUGGCCUCCUGCCAAACACAGAUCACUGGCUGUUUCCAUUAGAUCCACACAGUUAGAAAACACAGUUUGACACACAGGCGUCCUGACAAACCGUUACACCUCGCCCACCUGUCAAUCAGGUCAGCUACACGCCUUAUUGUGAAUAACUCUUAUCCUUCAUCAAAUCAAAACUGAUGAGUCAUCAAAACAUUCACCCCCCGUACAGUGUGUGUCCAUCGAGACAUGAGCUAAUCACACCUAUUUGGUUUUUUGAACCAGGCUGUAAACAUGUUAAUCUCUGCUGUAAAAACAGGCUUUUUAGAAUGGGUGUGUAUGUGACUUCCUGUGCUUCUGCAGCCAGCCUCUAGUGGACACUCCAGGAACUGCAGGAUGUUACUCUUCCACAUCAACAUUAUGUGUAAACACUGGAGGUUUCUGCUUGGUGUAAACAUGUUCUGCUCCCCAUAAGGUGUUUCUUCAGGUUGAUUGACAGCUAAGUGGCCCUAUGAUGGAGGAGCUUCACGACGUCCAGCUGACUGAGAUCAAACCACUCCUAACUGGACAGAAUGGGAGGAAUCUGCAGGACUUUGACUGUCAGGAGCACGAUGUGGAGACGGCCCACGGUGUGCUGCACGUCACCAUGAGGGGGGUUGCUAAGGGCAACCGACCAACAAUUCUCACUUACCAUGACAUCGGACUGAACCAUAAGUCUUGCUUUAACAGCCUGUUUAACUAUGAGGACAUGCAGGAAGUGACGCAGCAUUUCUCCGUUCUGCAUGUUGAUGCUCCUGGACAGCAGGAGAAUGCUCCUGUGUUCCCGGCCGGGUACCAGUACCCCACCAUGGAUGAGCUUGCUGAGAUGCUGCCGCCCGUCCUGACGCAGCUUCAGGUGAAGAGUGUGAUUGGUAUCGGCGUUGGGGCUGGAGCUUACAUCCUCACCAAACUGGCUCUGAAUGAACCCAGUCUGGUGGAGGGUUUGGUUCUGAUCAAUGUUGACCCCUGUGCCAAAGGCUGGGUGGACUGGGCUGCCUCUAAGCUGAGCGGAUGGACGAGCAACCUGGUGGACACAAUAAUGGGACAUCACUUCAGCCCUGAAGAGUUAACAGACAAUAUGGAGAUCAUCCAGACGUACAGGCUCCACAUCUCUCAGGAUAUACCACAGGAUAACUUGGCCAUGUUGUACAGCAGCUACGACAGUCGUGCUGAGUUGCAGAUGGUGCGGCCCCUCCCUGGUCUUAAUGAAAACACAGUCAACACACUCAGGUGUCCUUCUCUGCUGGUGGUUGGAGACAUGUCGCCUGCUGUUGAUGUCGUGGUGGAGUGUAAUUCCAGACUGAACCCCACCAAGACCACCCUGCUCAAGAUGGCAGACUGUGGAGGACUUCCUCAGGUGGUGCAGCCUGGAAAACUAGCUGAGGCCUUCAAGUACUUUGUGCAGGGGAUGGGCUACAUCCCUCAUGUUCUAUCAAACCGUCUGAGCAGCCAAUCAGUGCCCACAGCUGGUAUGACCCGGCUGGUCCGCUCCAGGACUCACUCUGCCUCCAGUGUGGGCUCCACAGACGGACUCCGGGCUCGUAAUGCCAACAACUCACAGGCAGAGGGCGCUACCUCCAGCGGGCCUGAACUCACAGAAGCUCUGAGCAUCCAGAUGACUGCGUAGGACGUUUCCUGCUCUCUUCUUUCCCUCUCUCUCCUCCUCUGAUGCUCGGUGCACUGGAACUUUCCAAACAGUUGUGGUGGAGACUUAACUCUACAUGCUUCUUUCUCUUCCUCCUUUCAAUGCUUUGUAUUCUAUUGUUUUUCUUUUCUUCUGAGCAGUGGUGAUAGAUGUAAUGAAGUGUAAAGGUUCAGAAUGACCUCCCCCUCUCAUCCUCAUGCCUCCACACCUUUCAUUGAAGAGGUUGUUGAUUUAAAGAGGAACAUGUAAAGUUGGAGAAUAUUCCCUCUGUCUUCAGCGUUCCUGAUCUUUUGAUUCUUGGUUUUAGCAUGCUAGCUGUUCAGUGUCUCUUCUGGUGACUUUCUGAGAUGUUGUUCGGCUGUAAAUCUCUCUUCUCUUCAUCUCAGACACUUUUAUGUCUCAGAUCAGUUUCUUUUGAUAUUGUCGGGCAGGUGAAGAGAGACAGGAAGUGUGGGGAGGAGAGAGAGCUGCUGCAAAGCGUCCGUAUAUGGGUGGUGCAACAGAACCACUAGGCCCAGUGGUGAAUGUUCUUCUUGGUGUGUUCUCACAUCAGCUCACUGUCCUGGGGGGGUGGGGGGGGGCCUUGACUUGAUAAAGGAGCAUCAUGCAGGGUUAGUCUUCAGUCUGUAACAGAGAUGUGUUUGUAGAUGUUCUUCUUCUCUCUAUUUAUUAACUGUUUGUUGUUUCAUGACUUCUGAUGUUAUUUAAUAAAGAUCGUUGGUUUGCCCUCAA